AUGGCCGCGAUAUCGGAACAGAAGCGCAAAUACAGCCAGCUUGAUCACCGAGACUGGGUGCGGUGGUGGAACGCGGUAAACGAUCAAGAGGGUCGACCAGACAAGAACAUAGACUUCCACUGGGCAGACAAAUUCCCUAUUCGAACGCCUAAUGUGCUGAGAGCGGCUCUCGUGGAGCCAGAGCUUGUGGGACCCCUUUUCCGCGGGUGCUGGGAGCAGAAUCUUGACAUGGCGAAUGAUGAAGUUCUGCGACAGGCCAUCGACAAUGCCGGCUACAAUGGCUCUCAAGUCCUACAGCAGGCGAACGAGCCAAAAUACAAAGCCGAGCUUCGCAGUCGGACUCAAGAGGCCAAAGAAGCUGGCAUAUGCGGCGUGCCGAGCUAUCGUGUCUUUCGAAGGUCAGGAGGAGGCUCGUGGGUGCAGCGUGGCGAUAUUGUCUGGGGCCAGGACUUGAUCGCGGACGUGGAGGAUUAUAUCGCUGGUUGGAAUGGUGGCGUGGUUAAUGAGAGGAGUGCUAGCAAGCUGUGGGCCGUGGAUACGAAUAUACCAAGCACGGCAUGUUCUUGUCGCGCGAGAGAGCCCCGAUCUCAGCGUUCCAGCCUGGUAUAG